GAAGUACAGUAUUAUUCUGACUGCGGGACGAAAAACAUCACCUACCUACGCCUGUGUGUUGAUUGUAAACAGUCACAGCCACAGGUCACCAUCAGACUCUGGCAAACAUGUCGUACGGCAAAGCAGAGAGCCUCUCUGGGCUGCAGGACUUCAGCUCUCUCAUACAAACAUGCAGCUCCAACAUCCAGAAGAUUACACAGAACACUGCCCAGAUCAAGACCAUGGUUAACCAGCUGGGGACCAGACAGGACACCAGUGAGCUCCAGGAUCGUUUGCAGCAGAUACAACACUACACUAAUCAGCUGGCAAAAGAAACCAACAAGCACCUGAAAGAGUUGGGAUCCGUCUCUUUGCCUUCAUCAUCCUCAGAGCAGAGGCAGCAGAAGAUACAGAGGGAACGGCUGAUGAAUGACUUCUCAGCAGCUCUCAACAACUUCCAAGCGGUCCAGCGGCGUGCAGCGGAGAAGGAGAAGGAGUCGGUAGCCAGAGCGAGAGCUGGGUCCCGCCUAUCGGCUGAAGACAGUUCUCGGGAUGAAAAGCUUCUAUCUUUCGAUAACCAAGACGACUGGGGCCAGAUGACUGCACAGACGGAGGAAGUGGCCAUCACAGAGGAAGACCUGGAGCUCAUCAAGGAGAGAGAAACGAAUAUCAGACAGCUCGAGUCUGACAUCAUGGAUGUAAACCAGAUCUUCAAGGACCUGGCAGUCAUGAUCCACGACCAAGGAGAGGUGAUUGAUAGCAUCGAAGCAAACGUGGAGAAUGCUGAAGUUCAUGUAGAACGAGGGACGGAGCAGCUCCAGAGAGCUGCCUACUACCAGCAAAAGUCCCGUAAGAAGAUGUGCAUCCUGGCGAUGGUCUGUUCCAUCGUCAUCAUCAUACUCGCCAUCAUCAUCUGGUACGCUUCGAGCUGAGCCGGUUUCGUACAACUAAUGUUUCAGUACUCUAUUUUACACUGCCCCCUCCCACCUGCAAGUACCCGCUUGGAAUCACAAGAAGUGUAAGAAGAGGCUGAUCCCUGCACCCAGAUCAGUGGAGUAGAUGCAGAAGGCUGCUCAAUGUGGAAAACAUACUGGAGUCUGUUGUAUGUCAAAGUCAUUUUUAAAACCUUCCUAUUUAAACUGUGAUUAAGGAGACGAUGGAGAACUGAUGCGGUGUGAGAGAGCAGCUUAAGAUCUGAGACUCCGUAAUUUGCCUCACUCGUUCAUUUCUUGUGUUAUUACUGCACUAACAUUAGCUGUCACUGUAUGAAAUGUAAAAAAAUACCUUUUUGGGAAUGAUGAAAAAUAUACUCGACUUGUUUAGGUAAUCUGUGAUUUUUAGGGAUUAUAAAUUGUUCUUUUUGUUUGUUGUUCUCUGUUGUGGCACCUUCUGAUGUAGAGUGAGCGGCCUUCACGGUAACAGUAGUCUAGUGGGAACAGCAGCCACGUGUACCUUGUUGAAGAGGCUAAAGGAAAGAGAAUGUUUUAGCUUUCAGCACUCAACACCCUCCCAGCUUUGUCACCAUUGUUAUCAUGGAGUUGAGGUAAUAAAGUAUUAUAAUCUAA